AUGUCAUUUAUAUCAAUAACGUUUCCAGAUUCAGAUAUAGCCGAACAGGUGAUGUAUGGUACAGUUUGCCAGGGAAUUCAUGUACAGAAAGCUUAUCAUUGGGGAAAGAGGUUGACGGGCUUCCUGUCUGUUACUGUUUGUACAACUUCCAGUUUAACAUUAGCAUGUAUAGCUAUAGACAGAUAUAGCGCUGCUCUUUAUCCCCUCUCAUAUUCAACAAAAAUUCAACAAAAACAUUGCAUAGUUAUACUGGGGUUUUGUUGGCUAUGGUCAAUGUUAACAGCUAUGCCACCAAUUUUACCGAGCAAGCCAGCACUGUAUUACUAUCAUGAUGGCACCAAACACUGUUCACCGUCCUUCCGUACACAUUGUUGGUAUUAUUGGUACUGUACGGUAAUGGGUUAUGGUAUACCUCUUCCUAUCAUGACAGUCUGCUACGUCCAGAUUUACAGGAUACUUCGGAACCAGAAACGUAAAGUAUUUGGCACUACGUCAAUCAGACUACCAAAAGUUGCAGUGAUUGAGAACCAAAUUCCGAUGAAACACGGCGAUUCCUUUGGAAUGGAAAGCAAUUCUAACAUUAACCAUCAUUGUGACAUUCAGGAUGUGGGAAAAACUAAAUUUAGAAAAGUGACGCAUAACUUAACGAGAAGACCACAAGUACAAAUAGCAAAGCGAGGUGCAAUGUUGAUUUUGGCAUAUUUCUUAUGUUGGGGUCCAUACGCUGUAUUGUUUGCAUGUCCAGGUCAUAUUGUUACAGCGGAGUGGGUGGAAGUGAUGGCAAUGUGGAUUGUAUACUCACUAGUUGUGUGGAAUCCGCUAAUCUAUGUGUUUAAUAAUCACCAAUUUAGACUGGAAAUGAAACGCUUCCUUCGCCGACUAAGAAAAUUCUGUUAG